GUGCGAUUUUGGUUUGAUCGCCAGUUUCGGUGCGUGAGAAAAUCUAGGAAUUUAUUGUGCAAUUUUAUUAAAAGUACAUUAUCGUACUAGCUACCACCUAUCUCAGAUUAAUCAUCUUACAGCUGUGAAAAGAGUCAACAGAAAUCAACAAAAAUGCUUCGCCAACUUUCCUGCAGCCGAUUUCCGGCUCUGCGGCGAUCGCUUUCGACUGUUCCCAAAGUCAACCCAGCGAUACUGUCGAAUACAAAAGCAUCGGAUCGCUACAAGCCUGGAAAUCAAUACAAUGGCUUCCUUUGCACCCGGUCUCAAUUCAUCCAGGACUUCAACAUGACGGCCUACAUGUUCCAACACGAGGGAACCGGUCUAGAGUAUCUGCACAUCGAUCGGAAUGACUCGAACAACGUGUUCUCUGUCAAUUUCCGCACCACUCCGUUUGACUCAACAGGUUUACCGCAUAUUCUGGAGCAUAAUGUCCUCUGUGGAUCGGAGCGUUUUCCUGUACGGGAUCCGUUCUUUAAAAUGUUGAACCGAAGUUUGGCUACGUUUAUGAAUGCUAUGACCGGGCCAGACUACACGCUGUAUCCGUUUUCGUCGACCAAUGAAGUGGACUACAGGAACUUGCAAUCGAUCUACCUGGAUGCGGUAUUCAGACCCAACUUGAAGUACUUGGAUUUCCUGCAGGAAGGGUGGCGGCUGGAGCAUUCUGAAUUGCAGAACAAGAGCUCAGAGCUGGUGUUUAAAGGGGUGGUUUACAACGAAAUGAAGGGAGCAUUCUCGGAAAACUCGGCUGUUUUUGGGCAGAAGUUUUUCAACCAGAUACUGCCAGAUCAUACGUAUGGAUACGUGUCCGGUGGAGACCCGCUGGAAAUUCCCAAGCUGACACAUGAGGAUUUGGUUAACUUCCACCGUACGUACUACCACCCGAGCAAUGCGAGAAUUUACAGCUACGGAAACUUCAACUUGGAUAAGACGAUGGAGUAUGUGCACCAGCGAUAUUUGAGGGAAUUUGAGAAAAUUGAUUCAAGCUACAGCAUCAUUCCUCCGCAAAAGCGUUGGAGCAAGCCGGAGAAAAGUCAUAUACAGGGUCGUUUUGAUAGUAUGGGAGCUCCGCUGGAACGGCAGAAUCAAAUUGCUAUUGGAUACCUGAUGGCGGAUAUCACCGAUGUGUAUGAAUCGUUCCUGAUUUACAUUCUGUCGGAGCUAUUGGUGAAAGGUCCAAAUUCGUACUUUUACAAGAGCUUAAUUGAACCUAACAUCUCCGGUGGCUACAACCAGCUGACCGGAUUUGACCCAAAUAUUCGUGACACGAUGUUUGUGCUUGGAUUGCAAGACCUUCCGGUGGAAGAUUUCGGAAAGGUUCAGAACAUUUUCGACCAAACAAUCGACGAGGUUAUAGAGAAAGGAUUCGAUAACAACCAUUUGGAAAGUGUGCUGCAUCAUAUAGAGCUUCAGAUGAAGCAUCAAUCGACGAAAUUUGGACUGGGUUUGCUGUUCAAUUUGACGCCACUGUGGAACCACAAUGGUGAUUUGAUCAAAUCGAUGAAUGUCAGUGCCUUGGUUCAGCAACUGAGAGGUAAUCUGGCGCGAGAUCCAAAAUAUUUGCAGAGCAAGGUCGAGUUCUACUUCAGAAACAACAAACAUCGACUAACCAUGACUAUGUCCCCAGACGAGCAGUACGAGAAAAAGUUUAAUGAGAGUGAGAAGAAAAAUUUAGCUGGCAAGGUUGAUCGACUGACGGAUAAGGACCGAGAGCGCAUCUUCAAAGAGGGAUUGCAGUUGUCGGAAGAACAAAAAUCGAUUCCAAAUACGGAUGUGCUGCCUUGUUUGAAACUUGAAGAAAUUCGACAGUCACCUGCAAAUAACGAUAUCAAAGCACAGUUGAUCAAAAACGUUCCAACUCAAACAUGUCGGGUAGAUACGAAUGGCGUAACGUACUUCCGAGGAAUUCUGGACGCCAAGGUACUCUCAGACGAACAGAAGCUCUUGUUACCUCUUUUCAAUGCUGUGAUCAACCAGUUCGGAACCAAAGACAUCAACUACCGUAAUUUCGAUCAGAUUAUUAGCUCCAAAACAGCUGGAAUUCAUUUCAGUACCCACCUUACGGAGAACAUCGACGAUAACGGACGGUAUGAGUUUGGAGUUUUGGUUGGAUCAUAUGCCCUCAACAAAAACGUCCCCGAUAUGUUCGAUAUCCUGGGAAAGAUUUUCAACGAAAUUGAUCUCACCGAUGUCGGCCGGUUCGAGAUGCUGAUGGAAAAUUACAUGUCGGAACUUUCGGUAGGAAUCGCACAAUCCGGUCAUCUGUACGCUAUGCAGAACGCGAAUGGGUUGGUUACCGAAUCCGGCCGGUUAAAGGAGCAGCUCAUGGGUAUUGAACACAUUGCAUUUAUGAAGAAUCUGGCCAAAAACAACACGCCCGAGCAGGUUCUCGAAAAACUGCGUUUGGUUGGGGAAAUUCUGUUUAAAAAAUCCAGUCUUCGGUGCGCUUUGAACUACGACAAAGACAGUGAAGCCGAUACUCUCUCCCAGUAUGAACAUUUUAUCGCUAGCAUUCCAUCUCGACCAUCGGAAACCACGUGGAACACUUCCAAAAAUCUGGACCCAUCAUGCCGUCAAACCGUUAUGAACAUCCCAGUCAACUAUUGCGCCAAAUCGAUUGUAACUGUGCCGUACUCCCACCCAGACUAUGCAGCGCUGAAAGUUCUUGCCAAGUACCUUUCAUCCAAAUACCUUCUUCCGGUUGUCCGAGAGCAAAACGGUGCCUACGGGUCUGGCGCCAAAAUCACCACCGAUGGUUUGUUCAACUUCUUCAGCUACCGGGAUCCAAACUCCCGGGUAACGUUGGAUGUUUUCGAUCAGGCCUACCAGUGGACGGUUGACAACUUGGCCAAGAUGGAUGGCCAGACGUUGUUCGAAGCGAAGCUCGGCGUGCUGCAGCAGUUGGAUAUUCCGAUUGCACCCAUCGACCAGGGAAUUGACCUAUUCCGGCAUGGCAUCAGUGAGGAGCGCUUCAACAAGCAUCGAAAUGAGGUACUGUCGGUCGGCAAGGACCAGUUGAUGCAGGUAAAUGAGAGGUACCUGAAACCGGGCGCUGUUGCCGUGGUAGGAAAGAGCGUGCUCGGUCCGGAGAACGACGGACUCAAGAAGGAUGGGGAAAAGUGGAGUGUUUUUGCUUUGUAAGUUGUAUUUAAGGGUUAGGUAGGGUAGAGAUGUUCCAUUUGAAUAAUGUGUUGUUGUAAAUAUAAAUUGGAAAAGCCAUCUAGAGCAUUGAAAAA